AUGACUAUCGACUUUAGGUCUUCCAAGGGUUGGGGUCGGGGAUAUUCAUCGGUCAGUCCUUUGGAAGGUCGGAAUGCCCAACGUCAACGAGCGAUAGUGCAAUGUUAUAUGAAGAGUCUUCAAGAGGGGUUGGCCAAUAAUGGCGAAGUACGGGCUCGGGUGAUUGAGCACCACAAAGUGUGUCAGUGCUCUGACAUGUGCUAG